CGGGAGGAGAGGAGCGCGCGGUGCUGGCUGUGCGCGUCCCCGAGGUGCUGGACCCGCAGUAUGGCAUGUACGCGUGGCCCUGCGCCGUGGUGCUGGCUCAGUACGUGUGGUUUCACAGGAGAACCCUGCCCGGCCGCAGAGUGCUGGAGAUCGGUGCAGGUGUCAGCCUACCCGGAAUAGUGGCUGCCAAGUGCGGCGCUCAGGUGACGCUGUCAGAUAGCGAGCAGCUGCCUCAGUGCCUGGAAAUCUCCCAGCAGAGCUGCCUGAUGAACCACCUACCCCACGUACCCGUUAUAGGCAUCACCUGGGGCCGUGUAUCUCCAGAGCUGCUCUCUCUCUCUCCUGUAGACAUAAUUUUAGGAUCCGAUGUCUUUUUUGACCCAAAAGAUUUUGAAGAUAUUUUAACUACAGUUUACUUCUUACUGGAAAAGAAUCCACAUGCUCAGUUCUGGACCACUUACCAAGUCCGAAGUGCUGACUGGUCUAUCGAAGCUCUGCUCUACAAAUGGAAACUGAAGAGCAUCCACAUUCCAUUACAUUCGUUCAGUGCAGACAAAGAACACUUGGCCAGCUCUCCUCUACCCAGCAGACAUACCAUUGAAAUGAUCAUCAUCUCACUAGCAACAUCAGUUGGUACUUAAGUUUAUUCCACUUGUUGGUUCCAUUACAAGAUUAUAUUCAACUUUAGCACGGAUCUGCAGCAAACAGUCUGAUCUACAGCAAACCUCACGUGUACGCUUUGGAAAGCAGAUCCUCAUCAGCAGUACUUCCUCAAACAUGCAUUGUAAAAAUAAAUCUGUUUAUUUGUGUA